GUUCAUCCAUUCGUGCCAUGUAGAGAGAGAGAGAGAGAGAGAGCGCACGACCUAUAACUCCCGAAAUCUCGUUUCUUGGGCCACGGAUUUCGCGAAUAUCAAGGCAUUAUAAAAAAUUUCCUGCCUGAUAUACCCGUUCAAAUGCAGAGUCCAAACAGCUCGAAACUCUCCUCCAUGGAUCGGUGGAUGCCUUCCAGGAAAUUUUCAGACAUGCCCAUCACAUUGCCUAGGGCUUAAAAGGGUUGGCUUCUUGAGGACGUGAGGUUUCAUGGGUUAAACUCAGGGAAUGAUUUUUUCUUGGAAGGUUGAACACAGGGAAUGAUGGGUAGUUUCAGUGAUGACGACAAAGAAUUCCGAUUCUUUGAUGCUCAGGAGGACGUCCUCUCGGUGUCCAGUUCUGGUACUGAUUGGCUUGAGAACUCGGAUUCGUCUAAUGUGUGUAGCGACUAUGCUUCGAGUGACGUCCAGUUCUGCUAUGAUGCGUGGAUAAGAAGUCCUGGAAGCAUUCAAGAGCGCCGAAGCAAAUUUUUAGAUCGGAUGGGUUUGAGCUUAGAUAGGAAUGUAGAGAAUAAUACAGUAGAUUUGUAUGGUUAUGUAGGAGAAGAGGUUGAUAGAGUUAGGAAAAGCAGUGGAGCUGUGCUGAGAACUUCAAAUUUUGUAGGUGGGUUUUGUUCCAGUCAGUCUUCAAUGUCAUGCUGGUCCAACGAUGCUUCAGAAUUAUCAAAAGAUUUGGUUUUGAAGGCGGAAUUUGUUUGCAGAACUGGGAACUUGGAUCACAAGAGAGAGUGUACUAUUGAUGAACUGAGGCAAGAUGGUAAGCUGAACAAAUGCCAAGUGGGUGUGGACCAACUAUCAGCUAGGGAAGACUUCCAGAACAGUUCCAGGUCAUCUCCUCCAGUUCACCAGCCUGAGCAGCCAGAUAUUGUGAGGGUAAGCAAUUCGGCAGGUGAAGUUAAAACUAAGGGUGUUAAGAAGAGGUGGUUGAGUAGAUUUCACUCCUUGCCAUGCAUUGAGGAUGGGCAAGCAGAGUCUGGAAGCCUAAGACCCGUUAACAUUGCUUCGAUUCGGGGAGCCAGGGCUCAGAGGGUUAAGGUUCGCCAAAGCGGAAAGCAGAUGAAGGAACUUUCAGCUCUUUAUAUGGGGCAGGAUAUUCAGGCCCAUGAGGGAUCAAUUUUGAUGAUGAAAUUCAGUCCUGAUGGUCGAUACCUUGCCAGUGCUGGUGAAGAUGGGAUUGUUCGCCUAUGGCAAGUGGUGGAGGACCAAAGAUCAAACGAAUUUGACAUCAUAGACAUAGAUCCAUCCUGUAUAUACUUCACGGUGAAUAAACUUUCCGAGCUUUCACCACUUGUUGUAGAGAAGGAGAAAAAAGGUAAAUUGAACCAGAGGAAAAGUUCAGACUCAUCUUGUGUCAUUUUACCCCAGAAGGUCUUCCGCAUACAAGAGAAACCAGUACAUGAGUUCCAUGGGCAUGUUGGCAAGAUCUUGGAUCUGUCUUGGUCAAAGAAUAAUCUUUUGCUGUCAGCUUCAAUUGAUAAAACUGUUCGUCUGUGGCAAGUGGGAUGCAACCAUUGCCUCAAAGUAUUUUCACAUAAUAAUUAUGUGACCUGCGUCCAGUUUAACCCAGUCGAUGAUAAUUACUUUAUCAGUGGUUCAAUAGACGGAAAAGUUCGCAUUUGGGGAACUCAUGGUUGCCAAGUGGUUGGUUGGGCUGAUAUUAAAGAAAUUGUCACUGCCAUCUGUUACCACCCUGAUGGACAGGGAGGAGUUGUUGGCUCCAUGACAGGCAAUUGUCGUUUUUAUAAUGUUUCAGAUAAUCACAUGCAAUUGGAUGCUCCAAUAAGCUUGCACAGUAAAAAGAAAUCGACCUGCAAAAGGAUAACUGGCUUGCAGUUUCUCCCACAAGACCCGAGCAAAGUGAUGGUCACUUGUGCUGAUUCGCAAGUCAGAAUUCUUUGUGGAAACAGUGUGAUUGGCAAGUACAAGGGUGUACGAAAUGCUGGAAACCAGAUACUUGCAUCCCUCACAUCAGAUGGGAAGCGUAUUGUCUCAGCAUGUGAAGAUUCAAAUGUUUAUGUAUGGAACUGCACUACCCAGAACGAGUCUGUCCCCUCUCAAGGAAAGAAUGUUAGAUCCUCUGAGCGCUUCUCCACAAAUGUAUCAGUUGCAAUACCUUGGUGUGGAUUGAAAUAUGGAGACUCGGCUAGCAAAUCCCAAUUUAAUCUCAUAAAUGGGAAUUCUGCCAAUACUCUGUUCUCUCCUGCUCAUUUCUCUUUGAACAAAGAAUUCUUGGAGUCUUUUCCCAAGGGUUCAGCAACUUGGCCAGAGGAAAAGCUCCCUACGUCAAGCUCACUGCCUGUGCCAUCUACUAUGCGCAAAUCUCAAUACAACUUUCUGAAGUCUUCCUGCAAGAGUACAUACAUUUCCCAUGCAUGGGGUCUGGUUAUUGUGACUGCAGGCUGGGAUGGACAUAUCAGGUCUUUCCUUAACUAUGGAUUACCAGUACCUGCUUGACAGCGCAAGGGCUUCGCAUAAUCUUCAAAGAAUUGAAUUUCAUCUGGCUGUCUACGCCCUUGUUUUGCUGCCCCAUUUGCCGAUACAAUGCUACAAGUCCACCAUUGCAUGGGCUGAGUAAAGUUGAUAUUUCCAGCAUAACUGCCUCUGCAGGUCCCAUGUCUCGUGUGCAGUGUAGAUGAUAGAAGGAAAUUUUGGGCAUUUCAGGGGCCCUUUGCUGGUCUCAUCAAGAUACUAUAAUCGAAGUGGAUAAUGACAGGCGUCAUUUCAGUGUUGGUGCAAUAAUCUGGAUCAGAAUCAGCAAUUGGCUAAGUUUGGUGAUCCGGGCUUCUGAUUUCCUGGCUUGAUUAUACUAUUCUUUAAUUUCUUUUCUUGCGAAGCUCGUGUGUGCUGACCCUGAAAGAAGGUAGAACAGUGUCAUGCAUUAGGGAACCCAAGUUGAGAGACAUAUCUGCAUUAUGGAGGGUGGCUGUGGGUCCUUGUAGAACCCCUUUACCCUCGUUAUCAAAAAAAUGGUGGCGCGAUUACAGAGCUGGUGGUUAGAAUUCAUUUGACAAAAGAAAAGUGGGUUACUUCACCUUUUAUAUAUAUUGCUUGGCUGGUUUGAAUGAUUGAGUUGGCUGCCAAUUCGGGUUUGCCUUUUGGUGGGGUCGAUCGCACCUGGGGUGCGAUACGGUUGGUGGCGCCGGGUCCUUGUACUCUGGACUGGCUUGCUCUCACAACCCUGUGGCUGAAAUGCGGAUAAAUUUAGAUCAGAUCAAAUGGCUGGUGCUUCCAUCCACGGGGGGAUAAGCUUCUUGGUUGCAGCAGGGCAACAAGCUGACCUUUUGGUAUUUUUUUUUGGACCAGAUGAUUAAUCCCAUUAUGUUUUACUGACAUCAUUUUUAAGAUUUAGUUUCCUAACUUUUGUAAUAGUCUUGGCUUCUGUUGGGGUUUUAAAGGUAGAAGAACGUCUUGGAUUUAGCAUAGUAUAUGUAACUAUUAUGCUCUUCUUCUGUAAAUAAAAGUCCAGGGGUGUUUUUUCCCCCCUUCUUCUUAA